UGCAAAUGGACAUAAUGGAUAACAAUUGGAUAUUCGUCCCGCCCAAUCACAUGUACGCAUAAUCAAUUUUAUUGUUUUUUUCUGCAUCCGUUCCAACCCAUACAUUCAUUUCCAUGCCCGAGAUCAGAUCACCACCAUGUGUACGUUGGAGAAGCGCGGGAACAUCUUCUUCCUAACCCUAACCGGAGACGACGAGCACCGGUUAAACCCUACACUCAUAGCCUCUCUCCGUUCGGCUCUCUCCGAUGCCAAGUCACAGUCCACUCGCGGCUCGGUUUUAAUCACCACAGCGCAAGGCAAGUUCUUCUCCCACGGCUUCGACCUCAAGUGGGCCCAAGCUGCCGGCUCUGCUUCGGCCUCCAAAAACCGGCUUCUCCAGCUGGUGGAACUCUUCAGGCCGAUUGUCGCUGACCUGUUGGCCCUCCCGAUGCCGACCAUAGCUGCGGUGACCGGACACGCCAUUGCCGCGGGGUCGAUGCUGGCGAUGAGCCACGACUACGUCCUCAUGAGGAGCGACAGAGGCGUGCUCUACAUGGGCGAGCUCGACAUAGGGCUGACUAUACCGGACUACUUCAUGGCACUGGUGAGGUCGAAGGUGGCUUUGGCGGAGGCUCGCCGCGACUUGCUGUUGAGAGCGUUGAAGGUCAAGGCGGAGGAGGCGGUGGCUAUGCGGAUUGUGCACUCGGCGCACGGUAGCGUGGAGGGCACGGUGGAGGCUGCGGUGCGCCUUGGGGAGGAAUUGGGCAAGAGAAGGUGGGACGGCGAGGUGUAUGCGGAGAUAAGGAAGGGGAUGUAUCCGGAGCUACGUGGCAUGCUGGGGUUGGAGGAGAAGAUCAUAGUCUCACUCUCUCCACGGCUUUAAAAAAUCACAAAAGUGUUUUCUGUGCUUUAUAUAUUCUCCUCAAAUUGCUUUGGUUGUGGUGUGGCGGUACGAGGAAACCAAAUUAAUCUGUGAUCCUCCGUUAAAAGGGAGAAUAGUUAAAAGAUGGAAAAGAAAGGAUUAAAUGUAAUAGAAGAGCGACUAAAUUGGGGCAACGGAUUAUAUAUGAACACAAUUUUAGAAUUUUAAA